ACGGACAUUAGAGUGGGUUAGACUCCAGUGAAGAGCUGCUGAGAGAGCUGUGUACUCAGUGUGGUAUACAGGGCUAGUGUAGUGCUGGGUGUGGAGCUGUCAGUGGGCUGUGAACUCAGUGUUGUUUUACUAGUGAGAAUGUUGCUGACUUUUUGUCUUCUCUUCAUUGGGCUUCAUGUCUCUGAAGGUUGCACUCUGGUAAAAAAUGAACAUGGAUCCUUUAUCAAAGCCCAUAUAGGAGGGGCAGUCCUGCUGCCCUGCUACUGCACUGACCUACACACCACACCUGAAAGAUUCACAUGGAAGAAACUGGACACAACCAGAAGCACAUGGGAAGAGAUAUCCAUUGAGAGUGGUCAGUACAGAAACAGAGUUCAGCUGGUUUAUGGUCACUCUCCAGGAAAUCUCUCUCUACUCAUAUCACACCUGACUGAAGAGGAUGGAGGAGUGCACAGGUGUAACAUUACAGCAGAUGAACACACAGACAUCACACUCACUGUUGAAGGUUGCACUCUGGUAAAAAAUGAACAUGGAUCCUUUAUCAAAGCUCAUACAGGAGGGUCAGUCCUGCUGCCCUGCUACUGCACUGACCUACACAAAAAACCUGAGAGAUUCACAUGGAAGAAACUCAACAAAACCAGAAGCACAUGGGACGAGAUAUCCAUUGAAAGUGGUCGAUUAUUCCGUAUUUUCUUCAUCAUUAAUCCUGUUGUUCACUUGCUGGGAUACAGAGUAGACAUCUACCAGAGAGGAUGA